AUGUUAGCGAAGAGCAAAGAAGAAUUCCAGAAGAGGCCUGAAAUGGGAGAAAGUGUUAACGGAGAACGGGCUCCAGCUGAACGUGAAGAAGUUUCUGAGCUCCGAAGAGUACACGGAGUCAAUCAUCGACGGUCUCGGAGAAGCCAUCGAAAAGGUUUGGGACUUCCGAUACUUGGGGAGGGAUCUAGUUGCCGAUGGUAG